AAUCCUUUCGGCAGAGCCGCAACUGAGCGGCGAUUAGAAUUCAGACAAUCGGCAGCCAUUUCGCCUGAUCCUAGCCGGUGUCUGCCUACGUUUCCCAGAGGCCUCCUCGGCACGACCGUGCUUCUCGCGGGAAUUCAGCCUCAAGUCACGCGCUGGUGGGAUUCUAAGGGUUUCACCGGCACCUACUCCAGCGCUGUGGAGAAUUCUUCUGUUUUGUAAGCUUGGAAGGCGGGAGGUGAGGAAUCCGAGGAGAGGGCGGGGCCGGCGACUGAGCCCGGGCUUUGUGCGGUGGAGGAGCUCUACCCUUUUCCAAAAGAAGAGCCCAGAGAAGGUCCUUUUCUACAAAUAUCAAAGCCAUGGCUCAGGAGUCAGUGAUGUUCAGUGAUGUGUCCAUAGACUUCUCUCAGGAGGAGUGGGAAUGCCUGAAUGAUGAUCAGAGAGAUUUGUACAGAGAUGUGAUGUUGGAGAAUUACAGCAACCUGGUUUCAAUGGCAGGACAUUCUAUUUCAAAACCAAAUGUGAUUUCCUACUUGGAGCAAGGGAAGGAACCCUGGUUGGUUGACAGAGAACUGACAAGAGGCCAGUGGCCAGUCCUGGAAUCAAAAUGUGGGACCAAAAAAUUCUUUUUGAAGAAGGAAAUUUAUGAAAUAGAGUCAGCCCAGUGGAAUAUAAUGGAAAAACUUACAAGACAUGACCUUCAGUGCUCUAGUUUCCAAGAUGAUUGGGAAUGUAGUGGCCAGUUUGAGAAACAGCAUGGUUCUCAGGAGGGACAAUUCAGUCAAAUGAUACUUACUCAUGAAGAUUUACCCACUUUCAGUCAGCAUCCAUCCUUUACUUUGCAGCAAAUCAUUAAUAAUAAAGACAAAUACUGUACAGCUAAAGAAUAUAGAAAAACAUUUAGACAUGGCUCACAAUUUACUACACGUCAGAUAAUUCAUACCAUCGAGAAGCCCUAUGAAUGUAAGGAUUGUGGAAAGUCCUUUAGACAUCCAUCAAGGCUUGCUCAUCAUCAGAAAAUUCAUACUGGCAAGAAACCCUUUGAAUGUAAAGAAUGUGGAAAAACCUUUAUUUGUGGCUCAGACCUUACUCGACAUCACAGAAUUCACACUGGUGAGAAACCCUAUGAAUGUAAAGAAUGUGGGAAGGCCUUUAGUAGUGGUUCAAACUUCACUCGACAUCAGAGAAUUCACACUGGUGAGAAGCCUUAUGAAUGUAAAGAAUGUGGGAAGGCCUUCAGUAGUGGUUCAAACUUUACUCAACAUCAGAGAAUUCAUACUGGGGAGAAACCCUAUGAAUGUAAGGAAUGUGGCAAUGCCUUUAGUCAGAGCUCACAACUUAUUAAACAUCAACGAAUCCAUACAGGUGAGAAACCUUAUGAAUGUAAAGAAUGUGAAAAGGCGUUUCGUUCUGGUUCAGACCUUACUAGACAUCAGAGAAUUCAUACUGGUGAGAAACCCUAUGAGUGUAAGAUAUGUGGUAAAGCCUAUUCUCAGAGUUCACAACUUAUUAGUCAUCAUAGAAUUCAUACAGGUGAGAAACCUUAUGAAUAUAGGGAAUGUGGAAAGAACUUUAAUUAUGAAUCACAAUUUAUUCAGCAUCAAAAUUUAUACUGGGGUAGCCCUGAAGUAGGAGUCGAAGACAGAGUCGUAGGCGAAGCCUUGUCGCAGGAAGAGCCUGCGGAAGAGCUGGCGCAGGGCGAAGCAGCCGGGCUUGUGGAACCGCAGGGAGCAGCAGAAGUUGAAGUACAUGGAGAGCUGGGAGGGGCAGUGUUUGCAGAGGACCUCGAAACCAUGGCCCAUGGAUCAGUGAUGUUCAAUGACAUUUCCAUAGUCUUCUCUCAGGAAGAGUGGGAAUAUCUGGAUUUGGAACAGAAAGACUUGUACAAAGAUGUGAUGUUAGAGAACUACGGCAACUUGGUCUCACUGGGAUGCUUCAUUGCUAAACCAGAUGUGAUUUCCUUAUUGGAGCAAGGAAAAGAACCCUGGAAAGUUAUAAGGAAAGGCAGACGAGGUUAUCCAGAUUUAGAGACCAGGUAUGAAACUAAGAAAUUAUCUUCAGAAAAUGAAAUUUGUGAAAUAAAUUUAUCCCAGUGGAAGAUAAUGGAAAGAAUUGAAAAUCACAGACUUAAGGGUCUCAUUUUAAAAAAUGAUUGGGAGUCCAAAAGAAAAUUUGAAGAACAAGAGGGAUCUCAAGAGGACUAUUUCAAUCAAGUAAAAAUCUCAUCUGAAAAAGUGUUCUCCUACCAGAAACGUGCAUCUGUUACUUCACAUCAGAGAAUUCAUUUUGUUGAUAAACCCUAUGAAUGUAAGGAAUGUGGGAAGGCUUUUAGAGUGCGCCAGCAACUUACUUUUCAUCACAGAAUUCAUACUGGUGAAAAACCUUAUGAAUGUAAGGAAUGUGGGAUGACUUUUAGACAGACUGCACACCUUACUCGACAUCAGAGACUUCAUUCUGGUGAAAAACUCUAUGAAUGUAAGGAAUGUGGAGAAGCUUUCAUAUGUGGCCCGGACCUUAGAGUGCACCAGAAAAUUCAUAUUGGUGAGAAGCCCUAUGAGUGUAAAGAAUGUGGGAAGGCCUUUAGAGUACGAGGACAACUUACUCUCCAUCAGAGGAUUCAUACUGGUGAGAAACCCUAUGUAUGUAAAGAAUGUGGGAAGGCCUUUAGACAGUAUGCACACCUUACUCGACAUCAGAAACUUAAUAUUGCUGACAAACUCUAUGAAUGUAAAGAAUGUGGAAAGGCUUUUUUGUGUGGCUCUGGCCUUAGAGUACAUCACAAACUUCAUACUGGUGAGAAACCCUACGAAUGUAAGGAAUGUGGAAAGGCCUUUAGGGUACGACAGCAACUAACACUCCAUCAGAGAAUUCAUACUGGUGAGAAACCCUAUGAGUGUAAGGAAUGUGGAAAGACCUUUAGUCGUGGUUAUCAUCUGAUUCUCCAUCACAGAAUUCAUACUGGUGAGAAACCUUAUGAAUGUAAGGAAUGCUGGAAGGCCUUUAGUCGUUACUCACAACUUAUUUCACACCAGAGCAUUCAUAUUGGUGUUAAACCUUAUGACUGUAAGGAAUGUGGGAAGGCCUUUAGACUACUUUCACAACUUACACAACAUCAAAGUAUUCACGUUGGUGAGAAACCCUAUAAAUGUAAAGAAUGUGGGAAGGCCUUUAGGUUGCGCCAAAAACUUACACUGCAUCAGAGCAUUCAUACUGGUGAAAAACCGUUUGAAUGUAAGGAGUGUAGGAAGGCCUUUAGACUUAAUUCAUCCCUUAUUCAACAUCUGAGAAUUCAUUCUGGUGAGAAACCCUAUGAAUGUAAGGAAUGUAAGAAGGCCUUUAGACAACAUUCACACCUUACUCAUCAUCUGAAAAUCCAUAGUGUAAAAAUAUAA